AUGUCAGCUUCAAAUGGCGUUGAAGAACGCUCACCGAAAUUAUUCCCUUUACAAGUCACUAUUGCGUCAGCUCGGCUACCAAGCACUGGCGGAUUAUUCAGUAAACCUCCUGAUGUUUACGUUGAACUUAUAGUUGAUUCCCAGCCGCCGAAAAAGACGGCUGUAAAGAAAAAAACAAGUAACCCACAAUGGGAUGAGAAGAUUCAGAUACAAGCUGGUGAAUCUUCAGUUUUGGAGUUCCGCGUUUUUGGUAAAUCGAAAUUAUUUGAGGAUUCAUUGAUUGGGCAGAAGUUUUUGAAAAUCUCGCAUGCCAUCAAAAAAGAUUCCGAUAAUGGAAAAUUCGAGAACACGAAAUUCAGUUUGUCGUUGAAUUCGUCAAAGGAUAACAGCAAAACGGGAGAGCUGAAGAUUUUGUUGAAAGGCACCAUCGAGAGGUCGAAGAAAAAAAGCACAAGCAGUCGAGGUACAGAGGGGCACGUUGGCGAGGCUUCGACUUCUUCCACUUUUUCUGCCAUGUCCAACGGUACUGCGAUAGGAGGUGCAUCUGCUUCUUCAGGAGUUACCGGUAGUGGAUCGAGUCGCAAGAGCACUGGAGGGAAACUACGAGACACUACUCUUGGUCAGACGGGGCCACAGAAUGGUGCUGCAAAUGCUGAUGAGCGACUCCCGGAAGGUUGGGAGUUGCGCUUUGAUGUCUAUGGCCGGAAAUAUUAUGUGGAUCACACCACCAAGAGCACUACUUGGGAGCGCCCAACGAACAACCCUUUACCAUCUGGAUGGGAAAUGCGUCGAGACCCGCGAGGUCGUGUUUAUUAUGUUGACCAUAACACAAGGACGACCACUUGGCAGAGACCUACAGCAGAUAUGUUAGAGGCUCAUGAACAGUGGCAGUCAAACAGGGAUCAGGCUAUGCAACAGUGGGAACAACGUUAUUUACUACAAUCCAAUACCAUGAUACCUAGUGAUGAUCCACUCGGUCCACUGCCGAAUGGAUGGGAGAAACGUGCUGAUCCAAAUACUUUACGCGUCUAUUUUGUAAAUCACAUUAACCGUACUACGCAGUGGGAAGAUCCGCGAACGCAAGGCAUAACGGAUGAUCCUUUACCGGAAGGUUGGGAAAUGCGCUUUACUGAGCAAGGUGUGCCUUUCUUUGUUGAUCAUAACACGAAAUCUACUACUUAUAACGAUCCACGUACUGGGAAACCGGUUGGUCCAAUGGGUGUGCAUGGUGUGCCAAUGAGUUUUGAAAGAACAUUCCGUUGGAAAAUUGCGCAGUUCCGCUACUUAUGUUUGUCAAAUAGUGUCCCCAAUCAUGUAAAGAUCACUGUGUCACGAAACAAUCUUUUUGAGGAUUCAUUCCAAGAGAUAAUGCGUAAAAACGCUGUUGAUUUGCGAAGGAGAUUGUACAUCCAGUUCAGAGGUGAGGAAGGGCUUGAUUAUGGCGGCGUUGCAAGAGAAUGGUUCUUUUUGCUGUCGCACGAAGUGCUGAAUCCAAUGUAUUGUUUAUUCAUGUAUGCGGGUAAUAAUAAUUAUAGUUUACAAAUCAAUCCGGCGUCUUUCAUCAAUCCUGACCAUUUGAAAUAUUUUGAGUAUAUAGGGCGUUUCAUUGCGAUGGCAUUAUUCCACGGGAAGUUCAUAUAUAGUGGGUUCACAAUGCCAUUCUAUAAAAAGAUGCUGAAUAAAAAGCUAACUUUGAAAGAUCUCGAAAGUGUGGAUUCUGAAUUUUAUAACAGUGUAAUGUGGAUAAAAGAAAAUAACAUUGAUGAAUGCGAUAUGGAACUGUAUUUUGUUGCUGAUUAUGAGUUACUUGGUGAAGUCCGUACUCAUGAACUGAAGGAAGGUGGAGCAGAAAUAAAAGUGACCGAAGCAAAUAAAGAAGAAUACAUGGAACUGUUAGUGGAAUGGCGCUUUAAUAGAGGUAUUGAGCAACAGACCAGAGCAUUCUUUACUGGUUUCAAUGCUGUUUUCCCACUAGAAUGGUUACAAUACUUUGAUGAACGUGAGCUUGAACUUCUCCUUUGUGGUAUGCAAGAUGUGGAUGUUGAAGACUGGCAGAGAAACACUGUUUAUCGUCAUUAUGCUCCUCAGAGCAAACAGGUUAUUUGGUUUUGGCAGUUUGUGCGAUCUUUGGACCAGGAGAAGAGAGCUCGUUUGUUGCAGUUUGUGACCGGUACUUGUAGAGUUCCUGUAGGAGGUUUUUCUGAACUAAUAGGUUCUACGGGACCUCAACUAUUUUGUAUUGAAAGAGUUGGUAAAGAAAAUUGGUUACCUCGUUCACAUACUUGUUUUAAUCGCCUUGACCUUCCUCCUUAUCGGUCAUACGAGCAACUGGCAGAGAAAUUGAACCGAGCGAUUGAAGAAACUGAGGGAUUUGGUAACGAGUAG